UGAGCGCUGACAUGAAUUUCAUUCAGUAGCGUUGAAGAAACCAAGAUGAUUUCUGACAGUCCCACCCAACAAGUUGAAGCAACCAAAGAAGACGUUCAAUCAGGCCAUGACUCCAUUUCAAAAGCCAGUAUUUCUGACAUGGAGAGUCAUGUUGCUCAACUAACUAAAGAGCUCGCUGACGUAAGAAAACAGCUAAGAUCAGCUUUAAAACGAGCUGAGAAGGCAGAGCGUCAGUAUGGGCGAACCCUGAGUUACAAUGAUGAUCUGCGCAAACAGGUAGAUGAUCUAAGUCGAGAACUUCACCAGUACAAGAACAGAGGUCCCACCAACACCCACCAGGCCACACAGACUGUAGACUAUCAGGAUCAACACUGGGGCACAUCAGGGACGGCAUUAUCUUACAGCGGCUCAGAAGUUGCAGGAGCAACCAAUGGUCAAGAUGGAUCACUGAAUCUUUCAACUGGAAAGGUUGACUUAACAACUGAAGAUUCUGGCACAUCAUUGGCUGAAUGUCUACGGGCCACAGCAGAGGCUGCUCUUCAGGACACAGGUUUUGUUUAUGACGAAAACACAGGGAUGUAUUAUGACUCCAUAUCAGGCUACUUCUAUGACAAUGAGAACUCUCUGUACUUUGACCCACCAUCAGGGACUUACUUUUAUUACGACGAAGCUUCAGCAGAAUAUAAAUUCCACUCCCAGGUUGAUAUGUCAGCAUACUAUGCAAGCCAAUCAAACGAUACCUCAGGUUUCUAUGACAACUCAGCAACAGGGUACACACAUGGUCACCAGUCCCAAGAAACAGGCAAGGGAAGUAAAGGUGUCAAGAAAAAACACAAAGAUCGUUCUGACAGAGAAGGGAAAAAGAACAAACAUGGAGCUUUGAAAAAGGCCAGAAAAGAUAAACAAGGAAGAGAAUGUAACAACGACAGUGAUGAACAGGCAAAUGAAAAGAUGGAUGUGGGGAAAGAAGAGGAGUCAGAAUUCUGUAGAAACAAUAUAUCAUGUGUUCACAGUGGGAAGGAUGCAAGGUGUAAAGUAGAUCAAAUGGAAGCUGAAAGUGAAAGCUGUGAGCCACCAUGUUCACACAGGACGUCUCGUCCAAAAGCAUCAAGAGCAUUUUGGGAAGAGGCAACCAGUUGUUCAGCAAAGAAAGAUUGUAUAGAGGACAAGACUCAUUCAGAAACUGCUGACUGUGAUAAUACAAAAACAGAAUGCCAAAAGCAGAAUGACUGUUGGCAACAGUCUGACACUAAUUGUGAUUCUGAUGUGGGCAGCGACAGUGAGAGUGAAUUGGAAUCAGGGGAGCUUACUGAGUCAGAGUUAUCUUCGCUUGAUUCUGAAGAGGACUGUGUGGAAAUCAGUGAUCAAACAUCAGAAAUUGUAGAGGAGUCCAACCCAUGUAACUAUCCCCCAUGUAUCCGUGUGAUGGUCACAGAGUCUGAGGUGGUGGACCCAGGGUCUCUGUUUGUGAUCACCUACCCAGGGGGGUCAAUUGGGAGAGAGGGAAGUCAUGUGAUUCUUCUUCCAGAGAUCAAUGUCAGUAAGAUUCAUGCAGAGAUAUGUUACUGUGAACCUGACAGAAACUAUGUGAUAGUGGACAAAGGAAGUCAGAAUGGAACAUUUAUAAAUGGUACCAGAAUAGCAGAGCCUAAGUCUGUGGGAGAGCCUCGCUUGCUGAAUCAUGGAGACAGGAUCAAGGUCGGUUCAUCCAUUCUCCUGUGCCACAUCCAUGCUGGCCUUGACACCUGUGACCAGUGUGAACCAGGUCAAGUGCUGGCUAAUCUACAUUCUCACAGCCAAUCAGAGAAAGAUGUGGUUAUUUUGUCCAAAGAAGAGAAGGAAAAAUUAAGAAGACGACAGCUGAAGGACAUCAAAAGAAAAUAUGGGCUGGAUAAUGCAGACUAUGAAGGGAACAAAUCAGCUUUAAACAAUCCCUCAUACAGCGAUAAAGCUGAGGAGAGACGAAAAACUAAGGGGAGUGAUAAUCCUUACCAGAAGUCUGAGGCACCAGCUUCUGUGCACAAGCCAAUAUCGGCUGUGAACAAAGGACAUAAGAUGUUAGAGAAGAUGGGCUGGACAGAAGGAAAGAGUCUGGGCAAAGACAAUACCGGUAUUUGUGAACCGGUGAAAGUGUCCUUCAGGGUGAACAAAAGUGCUGGGCUUGGAUCGUCUCUAGGAAGACAGACCGACCUGGACAACGCUAACUCCACUCGCUCAAACCAAAUCUGGCUGAAGACACAGCAGAGGUUCAGAGACUUGGAGGAUAAGUCUCCAAGGGGUCCCAGUGUUGAGCCAUCUGUUCUUCCGUCAUUUGAAUCCACAGCUGAUUUUUCAUGUAAAAUCAAACCAGGGAACACUGUAAAUCUAGUCACUAAAAAGUCCAAAACGCAGACUAUGAACUGGGUACAAGGUGAAACUCUGGAAUUCAACGAGACUUCGAACACUGUUUCCCACAAUUCAGAUGGUCGAGGAGAGAAGUCAAGCUAGCUAAGGAAUGGUUAUAAAGUUCCGAAUACAACAACAGUACAGUACUUCAGGAUUAUGAUAUGUGAUGAAUUUAAUAAUUAUUUAUUACCUUAUUUGAUUGGUGUUGUAUGAAUUCCUGAAGACUUUUUAGCUGUCGUCAGUGAGUUUUCU